UGGGUGAUCAAUCGUUUAAAAUUGAAAAUCAUAAUUGAACAUUGUUUCAGUUAUGAGUAGACUUAGUGCUGGUUACAAUGUUUCGUCAGGCUAACAGUGUGAGGGCACUUUUCGUGCUUUGCUUGUUCAAAAUCAUUGCAUGCGAUGGCUCUUUCCACCUUUUCUAUCAAAUCCCUGCAAGUGAAUAUGACGGCUGCGAAAACCUGUCAAGAUUCUUCCAAACGAUUCAAACAUCGUCCCCAGUCAAUGCUCUAAAAGCGAUCAUUGCACCACUGGCCUGCAGCACUUGUCCGCAAGAAUCUCACCUCCUACACCAAAAAUUAAUCGAACUGGCAUCACACGGCUCGUUAAAUAUCAACUUUGUUAUCGCAAAUCUCAAAAAAAUGAAAAACUUGAACAGAUACGAUGUUUUAAUUACCACUUUGAUGGCAAUUAACGAGUUUACAACGGUUGACCCCAGCUUGAAGCUUGAAAUCAGCAACGAGAUCUUUUAUUUGCUCAAGAGGCGGUACUUGAAGAUCAAUAGCUACUCCAAAUCACGCCAAGGGUUUUGUCAGUACGAUGCUGCGAAGCCCCAAGUCGGCGGAAUUUUCUCAAGGCCUAAGCAAACCCCCAUAUUAAUUCAAACGCCCAUCAGGAAUGAUUAUUUAAGGGCUCCAGUUGGUAGAAUCUCACAGCCAUUUGUGUCCCAAAUUCCUGUUUUAAUUCAAACUCCUAUCAAGUACUAUCCAAAGGCUGCUCCUAGUUAUGUUCCUCCAGUGGUUCAGCACGUCAUGGGCAAAGCUUUACCGACCAACCAGGCCAAUGGGUGUGCUUGCCAAACAAGGGUGAUUGAAAUGUUGUUAGACAGAUUAAUCGCGUUAGAAAGGCAACGAAAACAACCAACAACCGACCAAUCUUGCAGAAAUACAAGAAUUCAACCCAACAAAACAUCAACACCUUCAGACUCAUUACGGUUUCGAAGCAAUCCCAAAACUUCGGGACUAAACGUUCCAAUUGUGCCCAGAAACAACUUGGACGUCCUCCAGGAUCUCCUUAAAGACUUUCCUCUUCCCAAAUACCCGAAAGAAAAAAUGAUGUAUCAGAAAUUUAAGGCGCUAUUACAAAAGCCACAAGUCCAAAACCUUGUCAAAAACCUGGACUUGUCCAAGUACAAACCGAACGAAAUUCUCUACAUCAUCAUAACCACAGUUCUGCAUACUCUCAAGACUGAGGAAAUACAAGAAGUUUUCGCCUUCUUUGAAACGUACAGAGAAGCGGCACGGACUGGCUUCAACUUUGGCAACUUGUUAGAUUUGUUACCGCCACCGAAGAGCUCGAAGGAGCGAAAUUACCACAACAUCACCAAACACUUGCUCCUCAGCAGAGCUCUGUACAACCUAAACUUGGGUCCCAACUUCAGACAAGCCCCAAACCUUGCCGACAAGCUAAUAAUUUUGCUGCAAGAACUGCUCAAAACUAACACAAUUCCUGGGGAAGUUAGAGAGGCGCUUCAGUACUACUUGCCGGUUUUUUUGGGAAAGCGGGCAAACAUUCACUUCGAAAACUUGAUACCUUUGUUACCGAAACCAGUGAACGACGUUGAGAGGAAACAGUUGGAUGUGUUGAAGAAUCUUCUGGCAAGUAACGAGUUGUACGUCUUGAUGAAAAACUACAAUUUGAAUAACUUGACUCCGGCCCAACUUUUACAAAUCGUUCUGCACCACUUGAUCAACCAGCAUGGUGAUUAUUCAGACGCUGCCUUGUAUUACAGAAACAAGCUGGCAAUUAACAAGUAUGGGUUUAAUUAUUACGACUUGCUUAACUUGAUUCCUGUGACGCAAGAGAACCGGGCGUUUGUUCAACUGCUCAGUAAUUAUUUCCACAGUCCUGAGUUUGAAGCAAUUCUGGCACUGCCAAGCCUGAAGACGUUGUCAAACGUUGAUAAGUUACUCCUGAUUCUUGAAACCAUCCAAAAGAAAUCGACUGAUGCUAAUGUGCUUAAAGCAGCAGCAAGUGUGUUGGAUGACGUCCGGUUGCAAGUCUUCUACCAGAACAUACAGCAGAAAGUUAUCGGUCUAAUCCCAGCACCCAAGUCCAACAUUGAAAAACAACAAUACGAAACAGUGAAAAGCUUCCUGUUGAGCAAAAGGGCGUUCCCGAUGUUGGGUGGAAUCGAUUUAAGUGUGUUCCCUGAUAGUAAACACCUUCUCGAGUUUGUUUUUAAAACAGUAACGGAGAGUAAUUUGGAGCAAAACAUUCGGGACGCUUUCGAGUACUACCUGGACAUAGCUCAUAAGUUGAAACCGCUUGAAUUUGUGACCAAGAAGGAGAUUAAGAAAAAGUUCGAACUGACGGAAAUUUUCACCGACACUUUGGACCUUAAAACCCUGACAGUUCCGCAAAAACGGGCGUUUAAAAACUUCUUUAAGUACAUUUCCGAAGUUAAACCGGACGCCAUGUCCAAGUUCGAUUCCUGGGACCAAGCCAAAACUAGAGGAGAGUUUAUGAAGUUGCUUUUCAAGUAUUUCGUCGAGUCCCCAACAGUUCUUCCCGAAAUUAAGGAAAGUAUCAAGAUUCUUGAUCCUCUGGUCAAGAUGGACGGGAAAGGAGCGUUACCACCAUAAAUAAAAAAUAGUGUUUUUAUUAAAAAUUGUAAGAAAGAUAACAAAUAAAUUUAUUAAAUGUUA